AUGAAAAUAGCAACUCUGCUGGGAGGGAUCCUCAGCUGCUUCGCGGUCGCGGCCGAGGCAGCCAAAAAGCCCAAUAUUCUCUUCAUUCUCACGGACGAUCAGGGGAAGUAUAUCGGAGGACUAGAGCAUAUGCCUAAACUCCAGCAAACCCUAGUCCAAAAAGGCACCACCUACACGAAGCACUACUGCUCCAUCGCCCUCUGCUGCCCCUCACGAGCAAACCUCUGGACAGGCCGCAUGCCCCACAACACAAACAUCACCGACGUCGGGCUCCCCUACGGCGGAUAUCCCAAGAUCGUAUCGGCCGGCUGGAACGACAACUAUCUACCCCUGUGGAUGCAAGAUGCAGGCUACGACACCUACUACGUCGGCAAACUGUGGAACUCACACACGGAACAGAACUACAAUGCGCCAUAUGCGCGCGGGUUCAACGGUUCCGAGUUCUUGCUGGACCCGUGGACAUACCGAUACUAUCAUGCGCGGAUGACACGGAACGGGGAGAAGCCGGUGAAGUAUGAUGGGGAGUACUCGACGGACGUGAUUAAGGAGAAAUCGUUGGGGUUCUUGGAUGAUGCGUUGAGAGACGACAAGACGAGACCGUUUAUGUUGACUGUUGCGCCGAACGCGCCGCAUUCGAAUGGGAGUCAUGAUCCUGGGAGAGGGACGACGUGGUUCGGCGAGCCAGAGUAUGCGCCGCGGCAUGCGGGGAUGUUUAAGAAUUACAAGAUCCCGAGAGAUGAUAGUUUCAAUAAGGUGAUUGAGGGGGCGGUUGGGUGGACAGCUGAGCUCUCCGAGUUGAGUCAGAAAGAGGUUGAUUACAUCGAUGAGUUCCAGCGCUGUCGGUUGCGGGCCCUACAGGCUGUCGAUGAACUCAUUGCGGAGUUGGUCGAGAAGCUGGAUAAGGCUGGGGAGUUGGAUAAUACCUAUAUCUUCUUUUCGACGGACAAUGGGUAUCAUAUUGGACAGCAUGCUAUGCAGCCUGGGAAGAAUUGUGGAUAUGGUAUGGCCUUGCCCUCUAGCCCUCCUAGCUAUGCUACGAAUAACUUACCGCGGACAGAAACUAAUAUCAACGUCCCGUUAAUUGUCCGAGGCCCUGGCAUCCCCGAAAAUGCCACCCUAGAUGCAGUGACUAGUCACACUGACCUGGCGCCUACAUUCCUAUCUCUUGCAGGUUCCUCCAGACCUGGUCUGGAUGGAAAACGCAUCCCCACCACGAUCGAUGCAGGCAAAGCAGACAAUAGGACGGAACAUGUUGCCAUUGAAUACUGGGGACGUGCUAUCCCCGAAGGAAUCUACGGCCACUACAGCGACAGAGGCGAACAGCCAGGCAACGGCUACCGCAACAACACAUACAAAGCCGUGCGCCUUGUAUCUGAUGAAUACAGCGUUUACUAUGCCGUGUGGUGCACGAACGAGCAGGAAUUCUACGAUCUGAAGAACGACCCUCACCAAACUACCAACCUCGCCUCCGAAAAUACAAACUCAAACUCAACUAUCAUCGCCUCUCGUCCGCUCCCUCAAAUCCUCUCCCGUCUAGAUGCCCUCAUGCUCGUCUUGAAGUCCUGCUCUGAGGACUCUUGUCGCUACCCCUGGCGUCAUCUGCACCCGGCCGGGAAGGUCAAUAGUCUGGCGGAUGCACUAGAUGAGGGGUUUGAUAGGUUCUAUGAGAAUCAGCCGAAAGUGGCAUUCUCAGAAUGUAACUUGGGGUAUCAUACGUGGGCGGAGGGACCGCAUGAGUUUAAUGUCUUUGGGCAAGGAGGUGGUGGAACGGGGAAGAGAGGCUGGGGAUUAUUUGGAUUUAAGUGGGUUUGA